CGCAGAGCGCAGUCGAUCGUUGUGAGCGGAGCGAACUGGACGGAUAACUUAUCGUAUAGGUACCUCUCCCCAGUCGUUAACGAAGUAGGGAAUCCCCGAUUUAAGAAUUUUCGGUCGACUUGUUUUUAUUUUCGGUUGUUUUGUGCUUGCGUUUCGUAGAAACAAAAUAAAGCGGCAUAUCUGAGAGUGUGACUAACGUGCAAUUUUAAUUCAAACGUAAUCGCUAGUUCAGGCGUGUUUAUUCUUGUUUCCAGAGACGGAGACGAUGGACGAAGUCGGGGCGUACAAGAAGUCCGGGAAUCUGGGAGGAACACGCCGUGGGGAUGCCUAUCAAGUGCAUGUUCUGAUGAUGCUGGGCGAGAGAGCGGUCUCCAACCAACAGCGAUAUGCGGACUUCAAACUGGCAACGGAAAUGGAAGCCGCUGGAAAGUUCGACGAUGCUGUACUGGUGUGGAAGAGUCCGGACGGUUCGAGAAGUUGGUUGUUUUUACAAGUGAAGCAUAAAAAGCAGGACGCCGUGUUGACCGAGAUGGAUCUAUUCCCGGAUACGGAUGAUGUUAGAGCUAAGGGUGACUUCUCACUGCACAAGUACUUGAUAUCAUUUUGGGAGAAUAUCCAUUGCAGCGAGUUUGAUGGCGGAAAGCAGUUUGUGGUGUUUACAAACUGUGGUGUGGCGGAUAGUGUUCAGGACUGGCUUACGGAUGGUGCGGAUGAAGUAGAACCAAUUUUAAAGUCUAAAACGAGUGGUGAGCGAUUUCUAAAAGUGCAAGCCAAGGAAGAACACUAUGAACAGAUGCUGAACUAUGCAAACAAGGAUUUUCUCCUUUUAUAUGAGACAUUGAGAUCAACUAUCAUCGAUGGGAAAAAUGACUUUGGCUUGGAUAUUGUGUGCAAGUAUCGCGCGGCCUUGAACAGUAAAAUUUUAAUCGUUGAUGGUAAAAAAGUGAAGUUUGCUCCACGCUUCAUUAAAAGGAACAAACUGGAUCUGGUAGAACGAAUUCUGCGAAACAAGCUUUUCCCAGAAGAUGCUACUUUAGAACAGCUAACUUCUUACGGUGUAUCCAAUGAGCACCUACUGAAAAUCCUCACAUCGAAGUCGAAAUGCUGCAACGCCUUACCACCAAUGAUUGUCCGUUCGGAAGUGCAGGAUUUCUUUGACUCGACCAUUUUCGCUGUCAAGCAACCACAUAAUGAUACCAUGAAGACGGUAAUUCUCAAUGAACUGCGAUUACAUCAAACUUCACCAACACAAAGAUGUGGAGGGGGUGAUUAUUACGCCUUACUGGCCUACAGUUCGCUGCAGUACAAAAUCCAUUCCCGUCUCGAUUCUCCAACUGGGAUGUCUUUGUGUAGAGAGGAUCUAGAGGGUGAACUGCAGAAUGUACAGCGAUCCAUAUCAAGUUCAAGGCUUUCCCUCCAAACGAAUAUUUUUCGCGGCGAGAUGCUCAAUUUGCGGAUGGAACUCACGAGCCCAGAAAUUUGCAUUCCUAAAUAUCCAGCGGCGCUUGUCUCCAGCACUUGCGAUGGCCUCUUAACUUGUCUGAAAAUGUUUCAGAUCUUACCGGAAGCCUCUUUGCGUUACUUUUUGCUCAAAGAUCUUCAGCACCAUUCGAUUGUGGACGAACUCUGCGAUGCCCUCAAAGAACCGAGUGCCAACUUCCAUCUGCUGCUCAAAGAUGACUGUCCAAAGUUUGAGUAUGCCUCGGAUAUUCUCAACGCUCUUCCUUCUACUGGUUCGAUCAAACUUCUUCUGAUCACUGAUUGCAAACAGUCUGCUGAGCGAUUUUUCACCGACCGGGACUUCAAUCUCUACGUAGAUGACGAUACUACAUUCGGCCAGUUGACGGAGUCCAGCCAGAACAUAUUGAAGCGCAAAACGGUACUUUUUCAAGGAAUUGAAGUGAACGUCGGAGAGCUAGCGGACGAUGCAGUAGUUGCUGAUGUGUUCAAGAACGAAACUCUCGAAAAAUUGAUCAAGGAUAAAUCUGUAUCGAUUGGACCGAACCUUCCGGAUGUGGGUGUAAAAUACUAUAUUUCGAGAACUAUUACCAGUUCGGAAUCUGAAGAGAGCGACACUUCCGGUUCAAAUUCGAACGAAACCGUUGACGAAGACUCCAACGAGACGACUUGCUACAACGAGCAUCAAUUUCUUGAAGACCUCCCGGAAGUGCUUGGUGAACGUAAAGUGUUUGUCCUAUCUUCAACUCCCGGAAUGGGUAAAACAACGCUCUGGAAAAAGUUGGCUCUGAUGGCAAAGUCUCGCUUCAGAACCAAGUGGGUUUUCUAUCUAAAGUUGCAAGACUCCCCGUUGAGUACGGUAACUAGUGGAAAGAUCAACGCCAUCGAUUUUCUCGCCAACCACUUCGAACUACCGCAAUUAGACAGAUUAUUGCUGGAAGAUUGUCUAUCGGUAACAAAAAUGGAUUCCGUCUAUAUAUUUGUCGACGGAUUUGAUGAGCUUCCACACAAUGCCAUGGGACCGGCGAUCAAGCUUAUAAGAUAUCUUCAACAAACCGUACAGAUCUUCGUAAACACCCGCACUCGACUGCAGCUGGAAUUGGAGGGGGCUUUCGACGUUAAGGCAUUCUUCUUGAAUCCCAUCAGCAAGUCCGAGCAGACGGAUCUCUUCAAGAACAUUUGUGGUUUUGUCAACGGAGCGCGAGUAAAGACUCUACCAUUGGUCAAGUUUGUUAACCGACUGAUGGACAGAGUCCACAGCAAACCAAUGCAGAUUGCCAGCAACUUCGUCGGUGUCCCUCUGAUGGUCAACAUGUUGGCUGAAGUCUACAAACCAGAUGUUGAGCGAUAUGGCGAAACCAAAGACCCCAGAAUUUUAAAUGAAAUUGAAGUCGAUGCUCUGGAUAUCAUGGAGCUGUUUGAGAAGUUCAUCUACAGCUCUUUCCGGCGACAAAACAUCGAAAAGCAGAAACUCGAGGCAGACAAUCGUCACACAGAUCUUAUGUUGAACCAGAACAACUAUUUCUACGCGGGUUUUAUAAAGCUUCACAACUUCCUGGGCCUUAUGAGCCUAGUAACGAGUGAAAAAAUGCACUUAGUAAUCCGUGACAAACUUGAACUUCAGAUCCUUCAACAACAGAUUCCUCUUCUGGAUUCUCCGAUAGUAAGUAAAGUUCCAAACUUUAUCCACGGAUCGAUUGCCGAGUUCUUCGCUGCGAAAUGCUUGUUCAAAUAUUUGAGUCGAAUGAGCGAUGGCCAUAUAAAAGCAAUUUUCGUGAAAAACGCCGAUAAAAGAGUUGCCUCUAAGAAGCGUUACAUAAAGGACACGUUCGACAUCUACUUUCGAAUGCUACGAGACUAUCCUACAGUUCGUAAAUUUUUCUUCCUUACAGCUCGUCAACAAAGCUUUAACCUCAAAAGGCUAGAACUGCUGCUCUGGUGUAUGCGUCCCUACCCUCUGCUAUGGGCUUGUGAGGAAAAUUUUGAAGAACUCGCCAUACACCUGAUUGAGGAAGACCCCAAUGUUGUACGCUCUACUAAUCAUAAAUACAAGGAGACUGCUCUGCACUUUGCAGCGGCACAAGGCCACGUUCGGCUUUGUACCCUACUUAUCGAAAAUAAAGUAAACGUCGAUGCCCAAAAUAUCCACAACCAAACGGCCCUGCACAAAGCUGCUUACAAUGGAUGUGAUGAAGUGGUAGCUCUUUUGCUGACUAAAAAAGCAAACGUUUCUUCACUCGACAAUCUACAACAGACUCCCCUCUUUAGGGCAGCCCUGGCAGGACACAGCAGUACCGUGCAACUACUCAUGAAAAAAUACACAAAUUUGAACGAAAUGAACAAACGAGGUUGGACAGCCCUUCACAUUGCAGCCAUUAAUAACCAUAUCGACGUGGUUCGGGUGUUGCUGUCCAAAAAAGUCAAAGUUAAGUUAGGAAGAGCUAAGAAAUUGACUGGAUUCCUUCAAAUGUUGCUGUCACGAGGACAUCUUGACAUGGUGAAGCUCUUGGUGAUUUACGAAGUGGAAAGCCUCAAGCGCAACACCGACGUAAACCAAACUCUGUUUUGGGCCAUACGACGCAACCAUCUCGAGAUCGUCCAGACAAUUCACAGAGCAGGAGCACCAAUCAUCGUAAUAGACGACCGAUCCGAACUCUUCACCUACGAGUUAGCACUGAACGCAAAAUCUUUCAAAAUUGCCGAAUUCAUCCUAUCUAUUCAAUCAACUGUAGUGCCGAUAUUUGCUCUACAUAUGGCCGCCGAAGCCGGGAGUAUUGGAUGUGUGUCAAUUCUUCUCAACAGAUUCGAAGCAGAAGUGAAUGCUACAAAUCAGAAGGGAGAGUCGCCUCUUCAAUUGGCGCUGAAGAAUGGCCACGCAGCUGUAGUACGAAUGUUGCUGGAAAAAUCUGCUAAAAUCAGCAAAUACAUGCUGCUGUACGCCAUUUGUGACAACAAAGAAGGUUCAUUCGAAUGCACCAAGGAACUUCUACUUCAUGGAGCGGAUCCAAUGGUAAUAUAUGUACCUACCGGGCGAUCGGCCCUUCACCACGCGGUCAUUGUCGAUCACUACGAGUGCACAAAGCUACUCCUGCAAAAGGGGGCUUCCUGUGCCAUCAAGGACAAACACGGUCGAACGCCGCUCCACUAUAUGGCACUGCAUCGCUGCAGAUAUGCGUUGAAAGCCUUCCUGGAGGUGACGAAUGGUUUUAGAGAUUUGGAAAAUGUUAGGGAACUGAUUCAUGUAAAGGAUGACAUCCUGGGGGAAUCUGUUAUCGAUUCCGCGAGAGCUUGCUUUGUACCAUUGUACAUGGCAUUGAAAGCUGUUGAGUGUUGAGCCUAUUGAAGGCAUUUUUGUUGGCGAGUACCUAAUUGACCUAGCUAAAUGAAACAUCUCUUUCUUCAAACUUGUUCAGGAUGAUAGUAUUACACAAAACAUUGAAUAAAAUAACUAUAUAUAAUUAAUAUGUUUACAUGUUUAUAAAACCAUUAUAUAUCCAAACUGUUUCAACCACAAAAGAAUGAUAUCUAUAUAAAUAAAAAUGAAAAAGUGUUUGUAUGUCA